CAGGACACGUGUCCCGGUCAGGUGACGGGACCAAACACGGCAGCAACCCUGACGCUGGUGGACAUGGAGCAGCAGCGGCUGGACAGACUGGACCGGGUGGACAGGGUGGGCCUCCUGUCCCCCCUGGAGGAGUCCAGCGCGGAGAUCAGCAGAGACAGCGGCAUCGUGUCGCAGAGCGCCAGCAGCCUGUCCGUGGUGAGCGACGUGCUGAGCAGCGGGACGGUGUCGCACAGCGCCAGCUUCGGCGCCGCCGCGGCGGCCGCGGCCGCUGACGGCGUCUCCCGCAGCGCCAGCCUCGACCCGGACCGCUACGAGCCGGAGCAGGACGACGAGGUCCCCAAACUCACCGCCCUCGACUACUCGUCCUACGUGAGGGUCACGGCCGGGGAGGAGAUCCUGUGCUUGGAGAAAAGCUUGGAGGAAAUGCUGACGAGAGUAGACGAGUUUGUUGGGAUGCUGGACAUGAUUCGUAACGAUACUUCCCAGAUAGUGAAUGAAAAUCUACCUCAAAUCCAACAGAAGUCCGAUGAAAUGAGACACAUUUAUAAAAAGAUUGAUAAGUUGGAGGCCUUCGUGAAAAUGGUCGGAGCGAACGUCAACGCGAUGGAGGAGCAGGUCACGCAGGCCGAGGGAGAACUAGGAACACUACCGAGUGCUUUCAAGAAGAUCCUCCGCACAAUGAGCGUCCCUGGCUUCUUAAAUAAACAGGCCAGCCCACGAAGACAAGCGGCACACCAACAUCAAGAGAUCCCCAGCGUCUUCAGGACUGAUGAUUAUUUCACAGCGCAGCCAGAACCGUGACCUCGUGGGACACGGACACUUAAAACACAGCUCAGUUCUAACUGAUGAGGCCUCGCGGGUGAAGACGACCUUUACUGCCAUCCUUUUGGACGAGGAUCUAUCGGUCCAGUGGCCUCAACAAAGCAAUAGUAGCCUUUCCAAACAAUUCACUGGAACUCAAGCGUGUGAAGACAUCUCCAUUUUUGAGUGUCAUUUCCUGGCAGCAACAAGCACUGAACUGUAGAAACAUGAUUUUAAAAGUGCCUAAAUGGGUCUUUUGUCUUUUCAAUUUUGUUUUCUUAACGUUUCAAUGUCACACAUUAGAACAAGUCAGGAGGACAAAAUCAUCCUGCAGAGUAAGACGGUACAUUCAGAAUUGGUGUGAAGACCUUUAAAUGUUAUACAUGAAAAAUUAACCCAGUUUUUUAAAUAUACAUUUGCAUAUCUGUCAAUGGUGUUUAUAAUGACCUGCACGCUGUUAUGAACUGAUCUGUAUUCCUUCAUGUCACUCUUCCCAAGCAAUAUUGAUCUUAUAUGAUUAAGAAUUUAAUGUCUUCCAUUUCAAACUGUUUACUUUAUAUCUAGCUUUAUUUUACUGGCUGUGGAUGACAGCUGUCCCACUGACAGAACGCUAAAUUAUUGAUGGCACCCUUUUCAGAAAAGCACAUGCACAAAGAUGAGUUGUUUUAGAUUCAUAAGUCAGUGACGAGCCAAGGAUUAACAUGUGAUUUAAUUGUUCUCCGAUCUUGGAUUGGAUGCAGAAUCUUGGAUCUCAGUGACGUGGCCCGAACACGAGCAACAAGGUCACAAGUGGUCACAGCUAUGUUUGAUUACAUGCCAAAACGGGAUGGUAAAGAUGUAUAAUUGACAUGUUCAUUUAGGUUUACAUUUUUAAAAUUAUUAAAUUUAUUUAAGAAGCU